CACGAGAUGAUCCCCUUCCCCACGCGACAGACGCAGAAGGAGCACUCGCAGCCCAUCUUUCUUCUCCGUCACCUCGUAGCUGUCGACAAUCGCAGGUUUCAAGCGUGCGAGGCUGUCGCGAGUGAGAUCGGCAGGGUGAUUACCUGCCGAGAUUGUCCGAUAUCAGUGAACGCCGAGUGCUUGAGAAAUGACCACCUUUCGCGAGAAACGGUAUGCACACCUAUAAAGCUAUGCAGCAUGCAGAAUCAGCCAGCGGUCAGAGAUUCUCUUCUUGCGCGCGUCGAGCCCUCACCGAUCAAACUUGAUCCGCCGAAGUCGUUGCAGCUGCGUCUUCGCCGACAUGACGAGCUCAGGCUGUGCAGCGAUGAGAGACGCCAUUCCGACGAUU